AUGGAUCCCAAUCCAUUCCCUCCACCUGCAAAAGGCAGAAGAGGUAGAGGGGGAAACAACCCUUUUGCUAACAAUGAUAGGAAUAGGCCAGGGGUAAACUGGAGAAAUCAUCCAGAGCCAGAAGAAGAGGAAGAACACAGGGAGGAAGCUCUGCCCAGGCCAUACAGAGUGGAGCCCAGGGUUAAUCACGUCCAGCCAGAAAAGGGACGAAAUCAGCACCCUGUCAAUGCUUUGAAUGACAUGGGGGCAUUACAGAGAAUGAUCAGAGAUAUGAUAAAGCCUGAAGCCAGAAGAGGAGAGAGGCCCACCUAUAGAAAGCCAUAUCCGGCUUAUAUCGAUCAAAUACCUCUAUCACCAGGCUUCAAGGUGCCAAACUUCACCUUGUUCAACGGAGAGGAUCCUCAUGCUUCAUCAGUUGAGCAUAUAGGCAGGUUCUCUGUCCAGUGCAUAGCCAUAGAAAAUAACCUUAUGUUAAAACUAAGGUUUUUUGGGAAUUCUCUCUCUGGACAAGCUUUCACCCAGUACACCAGUCUGCCAGCUAAUUCUGUUCAAACUUGGGAGCAUAUGGAAAGUGUUUUUCAUGACUAUUAUUAUAGGGUUCAGCCAGAAGCCACCAUCAGUGAUCUUGCUGCCCUCAAACAAAGUGAAGAUGAACCUGCCCAAGACUUCAUAACCAGGUUCAUAAAGCUCAAAAUGAAGUGCCGGAUCCCUAUGGAAGAAAGGCACUUCAUCCAGAUGGCUCAGGCUGCCCUUAAAAUCUCUCUGAGAAAAAGAUUUGAUGGGAUGCUGUUUGGAAAUUUGGCAGAACUGGCAGAUAAAGCAUCUAAAUAUGAGGAGCUGCUUAGGGAAGAACAGCAUAAGAGGAACUCUUCCAAAGGCACGUAUUAUAAGUCACCUUCUUCUUCAAUACAUCUGAUUGAGGUAGAAUCAGAAGAAAAUGUAGAAGGCUCGGAAGAAAGAGAAAUCGCAGUAGCAGAGAUGGCAAAAUUGAAACAUCCCAUCAGCUGCAAGGCUCUUACAAAGCCACCGAAGGACCAAAAGCCGCCACCAUUCACAAGAGGAUUUGUUCCAAAUAAACCAAGACAGAACAAAGUUUAUUCCUUUGAUCUAACCAAGGUGGAUGCUUUAUUUGAUGAGAUGUUGCUACAUAAAGCAAUAGAGACACCCCACAGGAUGCCCAAGCCGGAAGAGCUCAAGGGCAGACAGUAUUGCAGGUGGCACAACUCUUGGAACCAUUCUACCAAUAGUUGUGUUGUUUUCAGUCGUCUUUUAUCUUUCUAG